UCUGAUGAGAAAACCCUAAAAGAAGAGAACAUCGGCAUUUGGGGGGGGUGGGUUUGUAGGGUCGAUUGUUCGACAUCCGUCGUUCUUCUGAGCCAUGUUUUCAACCCCAUUUGUGCUCUCGUUCGCUCUUUUACUCUCUUUGCCUUUGUUGUUUCUUUUGGCUCCUCGAAUCCUCCCUCCUCGACACGUUCCGAUCUCUCUUCCUGACGAACUUGACGAUCUCGCCCUCUUUCGUCGAGCGGCUCUUGCCUCUUCACAUUCCUCUGCCGUUGGCACCGCUGUUUCACGUCUGGGCACCACCAAUCCACAGCCCAAGAUUGCUUUUUUCUUCCUUACCAAUUCCGACCUCACCUUCGCUCCCCUGUGGGAAAGCUUCUUCAAGGGCAAUGAACAUCUUUACAAUAUCUACAUCCAUGCCGAUCCAUCAGCCAAAGUGAAGUCUCCCGGUGGGGUAUUCGAAGGCCGAUUUAUCUCUGCUAAGAAGACCCAACGCGCUUCUCCAACCCUAAUCUCCGCCGCUCGGAGGCUCCUUGCCACCGCACUCCUUGAUGACCCAUCCAAUACCUUCUUCGCUCUGCUUUCUCAACACUGUGUCCCACUCCAUUCAUUCCGUUUCGUCUACCAUUCCCUCUUCGCUUCUUCACCUGCCGAUCCGGAUGAGUCUGAUUCGUAUUGGUCCCGAUUCGGCCGAGUCAAGUACCGAAGCUUCAUAGAGAUACUGGACAAAGAACCAGGGCUAUGGGAGAGAUAUACAGCGAGAGGGAAGGGUGUGAUGUUGCCGGAGGUACAAUUCGAAGAUUUCCGAGUUGGAUCGCAGUUCUUCAUAUUAACGAGGCGGCAUGCGUUGCUGGUGAUCAAGGAUCGGAAGCUAUGGAGAAAAUUCAGGCUACCAUGUUUGAAGGUUGAGUCUUGCUACCCAGAAGAACAUUACUUUCCAACGCUGCUUUCCAUGGAGGAUCCUAAAGGUUGCACCGAUUACACUCUCACAAAUGUGAAUUGGACAGCAAGCAUCAAUGGUCACCCUCAUACCUACCGGAAGGCCGAAGUGUCUCCAGAGCUAGUGUACAGGUUACGGCUGUCGAACUCGACUUACUCGUACUUGUUCGCCCGGAAAUUCUCGCCGGAUUGUUUGCAGCCCUUGCAGGAGAUCGCAGAUACAGUCAUUUUCCAUGAUUGAAGUAGAAGAACCAAACAGGUAAUUAUCUCUUAUCUG